AUGAGCGCGCGCAGUGAGACUCCGGACUCCGAGGGUGGCGGCAGCCGAAAUGGGGACCACUCACAGCCAGCGCGCAAGAGACAACGAGUGCGUCUGAGCUGUCUGGAGUGUCGUCGCAGGAAGCUCUCGUGCGACCGAGGCUUCCCAUGCGAGCGCUGCAUCAAGAGCGGCACGCCCGACCGCUGCAGCUACGAGUCUCGUAAUGGUGAAGUCGUCAACGUCUCGUCCGGCGUGCCCCCGCCUUUCGCCCAGCUGGACGUUCGGAGGUUUGGUCUGGGUGAUUCGCUGGCCUCGCGCGACUCCGAGGUCGUUCGCCAGGACCAUGAUCGCAUCCGCAAGCUGGAGCUGGAAAUUGCCCAGCUCAAGAACCUCAUGCGGAAUGGAGGCGUCUCUCUUGAGGGGAGCACAAUUGCGGGCACCACCUCACCCGUGACGCAGAAGGAUGAAGCUACCCACGAUGACGACGGUGCCCCGCGGCCAGAAGUCCAGGAAUGCAUUGAUGCCAGUACUUCGCUGGGAGACAAGGGAGAGUUGCGCUUCUUCCGCGGCAAAGGUUUCCGCACCCGUUACUUUGGCCCGCACAAUGCCAGCAUGGCCUUUGUUGAACUGACGGGCCUGUGCCCGUUCAUGAGGGAGACGGCUGAUGAAUGGUUGCGUCCAGUGAUUAUGCAUAACCACAAGGAUCGCAAGAGACGUCGUGAGGAACGUGACAUAGUUUUCGAUCAACGUGAUCUUGAACUGGAGGCGUUACUCCCCCCAAAGAAGGAGGUCGAUGCCCUCAUCUCCGUCUAUCUCGAUCAGUUCGAACAGGUCCAUCGUAUUGUACAUAUCCCGACCUUCCGGAGAGAGUAUGAAAAAUACUGGCUGCCUACCGGAGGGUCGAGGUAUGCUGCGUUGACCGCGCUCAUUCUUUCCAUGAUUGCGGUUGCCAGCUGCGUACACACACACGAAGAUCUGAAAUUUGUAGGGAUGAUGUCCAACGCCCGACGUGCCGCUGAGACGUGGAUAUGGGCGUGUGACGCCUGGAAUAAUAAACAGAGCCAGAAGCAUCGCAGACUCAUUCACUAUCAGAUUGCAUGUCUGCUAUACCUGGGCAAGAGAGUUAACACGAUUAAAAAGAAGCGAUUUUGGACAGGUGCUGGUGUACUCAUUCAGGAUGGUAUCGCGGUUGGCCUUCACCGCGAGCCUAGUCACAUGGCUGGUAAGAUUGACAUCUAUCAUCAGGAGAUGCGCCGUCGCAUCUGGGCCACAGUGACAGAGUUCGAUAUGCAAGCGUCCUUCGACCAUGGUCUUCCGACUCUGGUGAGUCACCUGCAUUACGACACUCGCGCACCGAGUAAUCUCGAUGAUGAGGACUUUGAUGAAUCCACCACCGAACUCCCACCCUCGAAGUCAGUCUCAGAUUAUACGUUCUCGUCUUUCCAGCAUCUAGCCCGACAAAGUUUACCACUUCGGCUAGAACUGAGCCGACUCUUGACUGGACCCAUGUCUGAGAUAGACUAUGAUCAAGUCAUCCGGUACACUAAUGACCUAACUCAUGAAAUCGAUUCGCUCCCUUCGUGGGACAUGCAUUUGGAAAACACCAACCCCAAUGAACACCCCAGUGACAGCAAGAAGAAUCCGCUGACAGCAUAUACCUUGCUACAUGUUCAGCUUCGACAAUACAUUGUUCCCCUACAUCAACCCUACCUCAAGCUUCGGAAGGAGAAUUCAAAGUACCAGUAUUCGGAAAUUAUUUACUAUAACGCGGCUAGAGAUAUCGUGCUCCUCCACGAUAAGCUCUACGAGCAAGGGAUCCGUGGUCUCAACUUCCUUCGCGAAGAUGCAUUGACAACCUGCAUCAACCUCUGCAGUGUAACGAUGCUCCAACCGCGGGGCUCGACCAACAUGAUCAUGAUCAAUUCACAGCACACAUUGAAGUUGAUCGAAAAAUGCAUAGCGAUGAAAGAAGACAGGUUGCUACGAUGUGGAAAUAACGAACCUUGGGGCUAUUCAAUCAUGUGCUCUGCCCUAGGCCUGCUGGAAGCUCAUCUUGGGACCAAGACCACCGAGGAAGCCAAGUCAUCCUCUGCUGAGAGGUUUGUUAAUCUUCAUUACAAACUUCUUGCGAACCAAGAAACGUCCAUGUCGAUGGAUCACGCGAUACCGUCAACACAGCUGAGGCCAAUGGGUCCCCCUAUGCAAGGUCCGGCAGCACCAGCAGUACCUACAAUUGAUAUCUUGGACAGGGCCAAGUCUAUGACGCCUUUCCGAUUCACACCAACCAUUGCCCCCGUGCCUCUGGACACAGGCGCGGCACCAUGGCUGAUGCCGGCUGACCAAACCCAACCGUUUAAUCUUGAUCCCAGUCUAGAGCUUCUGGGCUUGAAUCUCAAUGAAAUUUGGGGUGACUCGUGGGAGUUGGGCUAG